CGCGGGUGGAAAAGCCCGUCCGCAGACUUCCUUUAUAAUACAGCGCACGUCCGACGAACGAUCAUAGUCGCAACCCGAAGAUUGUCAAUAGUCUUCCAAGUUCCAACGUUUGCUGAACUCGUCUUGUGAAAAAACACUACACAAUCACUCGCCAACAUGAAUUUUCUGUCAAUUGUAUUGGUUAUUGCAUUGGUCGGUUACUCGCUGGGUGCACCACAAUACAGUCAUUAUGAAUUAGACGACGAAUACGAACACGUCAACCCAGAACCUCGAUAUAAUAGCGUUGAUUGUAAUUGUAACGGCCAAGAACAUGGUGACAGCCAAGAACAAGAUGAAGGCACCAGAGAAGUUAUAUGCCAAGGUCGUGAUAACAAAAAAGGACAGGGUAGAUACCGGAAACAGGAACUUGGUGGAUACCAUACACCAGAACAAAAAUAUUAUGCCAAUAAUCCAGGAUAUGGUUUUGUUCGCUACUAAAACUUCAAUCACAACGUAAAUUCCAUUCGAAUCCCGUAUACCACUUUUGGACGUACCUGCGACUUAAAUGUCAUAUUAUAAUAGAGUUGUCGCCUAGUAUUAUUAGUUAUGUCAUUAUUAUUUAUUAUUUGUUUACAAUACUUUACCUAUACAUCGUUAUAUAAGUUUUCGAACUGUAAAGAUUAUAACUCAAUAUAUUAUUGUCUAUACAUUUAUUUCUUUGGUGUAAUAUAUAGUUGUUAUAUACAGG